GCCAAUUUUCAAGAGGCAGCCAGAGGGGUCCUCUUAAAACUGAAGGCAGAUCUGUCCUCCUUUCUCAAAACCCUCUGAUGGCUCCCAUCUGACCCAGAGGAGAAGCCUGAGUUCUACAAGGCCUCCAUGAUCUGGCCUGUCUGGUGCUUCUGUGACCUCUUGUCCCACUCUUGUUCUCUCUUCUCACUCUGCUCCAGCCACGUUGGCCACCCUGACCCUGACGGCCCUCUGACAUUCCAGGCAUGCCACUGCCUCAGGGCCUUUGUACUUGCUGUUCUCUCUGCCAGGAACAUUCUUCCCCUAGAAAACCACAUAGCUCAGUUCCUCGCCUCAGACAGGUCUUGGCUUAGAGGUUGCAUUUUCAGUGAGACCUUCCCUGACUACCCUAAAUACAGCACAACUUACCCUCACCAUGUGCGCCUACUUCCCUUCUGUCCUGCCUGCUUCCCUUUUCUCCGCAGCACUUUUGACCUAACCGGCUGUAAAAUGUGCUCGUCAUUUGUGUUUAUCGCCCGUCUCCUCCCACUUUAUGAAGGCAGGCAGAGAGAUUUGUUGUCUCUUUUGCUCUCUGAUGUCUCUCUGGAGCUACGACGAAGCCUGAUUUAUGCCUCCCCCCACAGUGGCCCCACAGAAGAAAGGCCUCCUGCAUUCUCUCAAAGGCAGAGCGAAGUAAUCAGAGCCUGGAGAGAGGAAGGGCAUGUGGAAAGAGCGUGUUCGGGAGCAGGAAGCGAGGCUGCUUUAGGGAGACCGCCAGACCACUGUGGGGAUGGGACAUCCUGUCGUGCCUUGCCUUUCCCGUGGACAUGGCUCGGCCUCUGCCUCCUCCCUGGCCACACAGCGCCCCCAUACCCUCGGGCAGCCAGCCGGAGCCCCCUCCCAGGAGAGAGCUCACUCUCCCGGCUCCCCCACCUCUCCCUCAAGCAAGCACAGCCUGGAUCACAAAAAGGAGGAGGCUGAGAAAACGGGCCUUGCCUGGGGGGGAGGUGAGUCUGGGAGCUGCUGGGAGUGCGGGGAAACUCAGCACGCCCAGGAGGAAGUCUGCAAGAAAGAACAGAGGAUGGAGGGAAAGUCCAAGGAGGUGGGGCUGGGGAAGAAGGUAGUGCGCCAAGGUCACUGGGUCAUCUCACCCGGGGACUAUUCCCCUGUCACCAGUUAUGCAAUAGCUAAGCGCCUACCACAAGGCCUUCCCGUUAAUGACAUUUGACACCCAACUGCAGAAAUAACUCCCUGUUUGCAAGCUGGACAGAGCUUUCUGGUCCCUCUUUUUUAUUUAUGGGCAAGUCUGAUCUAGA